GUGACGAUUACUGAACACAGAACUCUCGCCAUGGGUUUGAGGCUGAUUUGGGUUUUCAUUGUUGCUCUUUUAGAAGGUGUUCAAUGUGAGGUGCAGCUUGUGGAGACUGGGGGUGGCCUGCUGCAGCCUGGGGCAGCCCUGAGGCUCUCCUGUGCAGCCUCUGGAUUCACAUUCAGUGACUACUGGAUGUAUUGGGUACGACAGGCUCCAGGGAAGGGGCUGGAAUGGAUUGGACGAAUUUCACCAAACGGUGGUACCACAGACUAUGUACCAUCCUUGAAGGAUCGAUUAACUGUCUCCAGAGACAACACCAAACAAACUCUGCACCUGCAAAUGAACAGUGUGAAAUCUGAGGACACCGCCACUUAUUACUGUACAAAACGCACAGUGAGGGGACUUCAAUGUGAACCCAGACAUAAACCUCAUUGUGUGGCUUAUCACGGCCACCAGGGGGCGCACAGCACACAGAAAACAGAUUCAGCCAAGGAGAUUAUGUACUCUCAGAUAAAGCCAACAAGUUGUAUGAACAAGACUCUGUGCCUAGAAAACCCAAUUUGUUUCCUAUCUGACCUGGCUCCAACACUGCCGGAGGUGGCAUAUGAAAAGCCUGAUGUGUUGCCAGUGGAAUCCGUGCUGGAGCUAAGACCUGGAAUCAGCCGAGAGGCCUAUCAGCUGAUGAAUGGACGAAAAGAUGUGGUUGAAGCCUGUCUUCAGUUCUAUGGAGAAAGCUGCCUGACUCUAUUUUAG